AGGCUGCUGAAGAUCCUGCAGCAGCUCUGGCUGCUGCUGAGCUCCAUGUUCGCCUCGUUGCGGGUCCUCUUCUGGGCUAUUGCCAUGCUGGUGGUCAUAUGCUAUAUCUUCGGGAUCCUCAUCUUCACGCUCUCAAAGGAUGCCAUUGACCAAGACCCCACCGUGGCAGAGAAUUGGGGCGGCGUGGCAGAGUCCAUGCUGUCCUUGUUACAAAUCGCCACCUACAAUGGCGCCGACAUCAUCCGACGGAGGACCAAAGGCUCCGAUGCAUACCUCUUCAUGCCGGUGAUGUUUGGGUUCAUGGCCAUCUGCUCGCUGGGCAUCAUCAACCUCAUCGUGGGCGUCUUGUUGACGGCGGUCUUGGAGCGAGGCAACCAGGACGAGAUGUUCGAGAACACCAUCAUGAAGCUGCGCCAGCAUCGGGCUUUGCGGCGGCUGCGCUUCGGCCUGGUGCUCCAUGCAGAGAAAACCUUGGGCAAGAACAAGGACGGCUCCGACGGCUCGCACCUGGUCUCCCGCCGCAUCCUGCAGGGCUGGGCCCGGGGACCCGACGCGGAGCUCACGGCGGAGGAGAUGGACGACGUGGAGGACGAGGAGGCCUUGCAGGAGCACAUCCAGGACAUACAAACCGGGCACACCAACCUUGACGCUCUGAAAGGCAAAGGCCUGGGCGUGGUGAAGGUCCGGAAGAAGGGCCCUUGCGGCCGCUGCGUGGGAGCCAUCCGCGAGCGAUUCUGCCUUCCGUUCAUCCGGCGGUACCGGAAGUGGAGGAACAUUGAGGCCACCAAGAAGAGCGCAGAGAAGGAGGAUCUGCGCCUGGUGCUGCCUCGCCUCUUCGAGGUCGCCGGGGUGUCGUCCCAGGAUAUCGACGCCGUGUGCACGGAGGUGGAGAAUCUCAUGGGCGACAACGCAGGCAUCACCAUUGACGAGUUCGUCGAGGCUCUCAUGUUCAUGAAGUCCAGAGCGCACCCGCUCGAUAUCGUUGGCAUCAUGCGGGGCCUGUGGCUGGUCUACGAGCGGAUGACCAAGAUGGACGUGAUGUUCAGCGCUGUGGGGGACCAGCUGAUGGAGUGCCGCAGCUUUCUGGGCCCCCUCCUGCAGAAGUUCACGCCGGAACGUGCGGAGAUGCCGAAAGUGGCCUUUGAAGAGGAGAUGGCGACUUCAUCGAAGGCACAAAUGCCUGGCCAGGAGGACCGGCAGCUGCUCAUCCGCGAACAGGAGCAGCGGGUGAUCGAGAAGAGCCAGACCAGCUUCGACAUGUUCUUUGCCAGCGUGCUGCUGCUGAACGCGGUGAAGCUGGGCACCGACGCGGUGCUGAAGCCGGAGCGGCUCACGGACCUCGAGAGCAGCUCCUUCGCCAGCGCCGCCAUGGCAUGGUUUACACUGGAGACCAUUUUCAUCACCACCUUCACGGCGGAGCUCUUCUUGCGGGCCAUCUUUAAGUACCAAAUUGAGGUGCAGGGCGAGCACGAGCUGGUCUUGUGUGUGGUGCCAAAGUUUGCACUCACCAUGACCUUCUCGCAAAGCCUGGAGGUCAUCUCAUACUCCAGCAGGCUUCUGCUGGAUAAGAUGUUCAUCUUCGACGUGGUCAUGGUGCUAGUCUCUCUGGUGGACUCCUUCAUCUUGCGUUUCGUAGCCGCCGGGGAGAACCCGCCGGCCUUGCGGCUGGUGGGCCUUUGCCGCCUGAUUCGCCUGGUGCGACUGCUGCACCUCAUCAAGGACCUGGGCCGCAUGGUUCGGGGCUUCGUGGGGAACUUCCAGCUCAUCUUCCGCUCGGUGUGCAUCAUGACGAUCUUCAUCUACGCCUCCGCGGUGUUGAUGGUGGACUUCGUGGGGCAGAACGAGGAAACCCAGGAGGAUGCUAACAUCCAGGAGAAGUGGGGCCGCAUCCCUGACUGCAUGAUCACUCUCUUCACCAUGGCUACUCUCAGCGGGUGGGCCAAACACGUGGACGAGGUGGCAGCCUAUCCUUCUCUGGAGACCGUGAUGCCGGCCUUUACCAUCAUGUUCUUGGCAAUCUGCAGCUUAGGGAUCCUGAAUCUGGUGACGGGGGUUAUGGUGCAGACGGCCUUUGCUUUGCUGAAGGAGGAGAGCGCGGAGAAGAACGAGCUGAAGCUCAGCAAGGCACGGAAGGUGAUCCACCAGGUGAUGGAUGAGUGCUACGACACCAUGGAGCAGCAUUUGUCGGACCAGCAGAGAAAAGUGCAGGACCGGGUCAACCAGAUGCGAUCGCUCUACGUAGAGUGGCUAGCCUCCGGUGGCAAACCCAGGAAGUUGCAGAGCUCUGGCACUGCAGAGUGGGAUGCCGAGGAGGCGCCAGCCGGCGAGAAGCCCGAAAAAGAGGGGGAGCUCCUGGAUUUGGGCCUCCAGCAGGACACGUGGCCAGUCUCCGCCUUCGAUGACGACAAUUACGCGGAGGUGCGGCGAGUCCUUUGGGUCUCCGAGGUGGAAAUCGCGGUGGAUGUGCUUCUGACCCUGGAGCCCGGCUCAGCGACAGAGGCGCACAAGGAUCCUGCGCAAAGCUUGCUGUCCUGGGAUGGCGGAGGGAAGUCCUGGCCCUGCUUAGUGAUGCAGCAGGAUUUGGUGAAGGAGGAGGACGACGACGAAGCGCCGCGGCGCAGGGGCAAGCUGCUGACCAUUGUGUUCCGGCCCGUGGCCUUUUCCAGGGUCUUCAACUUCCGGUUUGGAGGGAACUUCACCUCGGUGCGCGUGCGUGCCGGCUUUGUGCACGGGAGCUCCUUGUUGGAGGAGUCAGAGCUCGAGGACCUAACGCCAGUGGACCGGGCGCUGGUCACCAUCCGGGAGCUGAACUACUUGCUGCAGGACCGAGCCUUCGCAAGGAGCUUGGACCUCAUCGGCUUGCGCCCGGAUCAAGCGCUCAUGGUCUACCAAAAGCUCAACCUGACGAACACGGAGCGGGUCAAGGUGCACGACUUCAUGCAGGCCAUCAUGCGCAUGAAGCGUCCCGUUCAGGGCCUAGACGUGGCGGUGGCCAAAAGUCUUAUGCGGCGCCUGGUCUUGGAGGUGGAGGAGCUUGCUACCAACAGCGUAAGGUGUCAGGACUGCUUCCGCGCCGUCUCGGAGCAGCUCAGAGAGGUGGACAUCAUAGACAACAUGCCGGAGGUGGCGACCUCUGAUAGCCGCGUGCAAGCUCGGAUGACCUCCAUCGAGGAAGAGCCCGUGGAGUUGGAGAGCAGAGCAGGAAAAUACUACAACGACUUGAUGCGGCGGAACAGGCAGAUGGAGAUCAAGAUUGCUUCGAUCAAAGCUUUUGUUCAGCAGGCCCGAUCAAAAGCAGCCGAAGAGGAAGGCGGGCAAACGCGGCUGUGGGUGAAGAUGCAUGCGGGUGCUCAGAACCCUAAGCUCUGCACCUGUCCUGGGUGAGGGACGCCUGGUUUGGGCCCUGGGAGUGCCAGGUCUAUGUUAAGACACGUAGAUGGACUGGGAGAUGGCCGACCCCUGGGAUUCUUUCUUGCCCUGGGAGAAGUUCAACGUUGGGUGGCUUGCGGCCUUGCACUUGAUUGUUUGAGG